UUCCCCCAACUUGAACUGUGACCAAGUAAAAAAUAAUGUCAAGCUAUCCACAGCAUGUACAGCAAGCCCAAUCGCUGAUACAUUCCACACUAGACGAUGGCCGUAUCAAGCUCAAGUUCGUCAAGACAAUAGGGACAGGUGCCUAUGGUACUGUACUACUCGCAGAGAGACUAGAUGAUUAUUACAGGCCAUUGGAUGAAUUCUAUGCGGUUAAGUGCCUACCUAAGUUUGGUUUAGAUGAACGCCAGAAGGCAUUCCAGAGGAGGGAAAUAGCACUCCAUGGUUUAGCAUGUUCACAUCCUCAAAUUGCUACAGUACAUGCUAUUAUCGACAGCCCUGCAACUAUUUUUGUUGUUCUCGAAUACGCACAAGACGGUGAUCUUUUCUCUAUGAUCACGGAGCGUUUCAAGUAUAUCGAUAACGACGAACUCAUUAAGCAUGUAUUUUUACAAAUCGUAGAUGCUGUGCAACAUUGCCACAGACUUGGUAUCUACCAUCGCGAUCUCAAACCUGAAAAUAUUCUCUGUACACAAGAUGGUGAUAGCGUUCUCUUAGCUGAUUUCGGAUUGGCUACAUCUGAUAGACGUUCUGGUGAUUUUGGCUGCGGUUCUAGCUUCUACAUGAGUCCAGAUUGUCAUGGUGCACUUACACAUCGUAAAGUACCUUACUGCACAAAGCGUAACGAUAUUUGGUCGCUUGGUGUUAUACUUGUCAAUCUUACAUGUGGUCGUAAUCCAUGGAAAGAGGCAAGUUUAACAGACGAAACAUUCUCAGCAUACCUUCGUGAACCGGAUUUCUUAAAAACUAUACUUCCAAUCUCUGAAGUUACAAACCAAAUACUAAAGAGAAUUUUCACCAUUGACCCACUCCAACGGUGCAGUCUUGAUGAAUUGAAGAAUAGAAUAUUACAAGUUGAGAGGUUCACCUUGACCCCAAUGCAAUUGAAGCAUGCACACAAAGCAGCAAGACAAGCCGCUGCCGCUACGGCUAAUGCCGCAGCUACAGCUAAUGCAACAAGACAACAAGAGUUACAACAGAAAGCACAAGCUGAGGCUGUAACAUCACCACCACCACCAAUCGCUAAAGAGGAAGGAUCACCAAAAAAGGAUAGAAUUCGAGUCAGGCAGAGGCUACACAAGAAUGAUAAGCUCCCACUGACGCCUCCCACUACACCACCAAAAGAAACUAAUAUACAUCAUUUGAGGAAAGUUGAAAGAAAGCCGAAUUUGAAAAAGGUAGUGAUUCCUGUUGAUUCAUCAGAUUCAUCCUGCGAUUCAAAUGACACUGGUAGCUCAUACACUAGUAAACACCCAGAGAGUUUAUUAACGCCAUUGUCAACACCACCUGCAUCACCAAAUGAUGCGAAGUUCAGUUCUCCAAAAUCAUCAACGUUCUCGAAAUUGACACAGAUAUUCAAGCCAUCAAAGUAUACAAGCCAACAUCAUAAUAAUAAUCAACAUCAACAUCAGGAUUUGCCAAUGACUUUGGAUAUUGAGUCAGAUUUCGACGAACACUCACACAUUGAAAGAGUUGGAUAUCCAUCUGCUCUUGCGAUUGACAUUCAUGGCAUGACAAAGUGAAAUUUCUACUUUUCAUAUACGUUUAAAUUUGGGAUUCAUUCGCUCAGGUUGAGUGAAAACAUCUACUUCGGGAUGAGUUGAUGUUUAACUUUAAAAAGCUCUCUUUAAAUUUCCAACAACCAAUAUAAUUUGAUAUUUUGUAUAAGUAAAUGCAAGCAAUUAUUUAAACAUUC